CAAAACAAUAACAAAUCCACAAACAUUUGAAAAUCAGAGAAAUUAUCGGUAGUCGGAACAGAUUCUAAUAUGAUGUCGUGGGAGAAAUAGAAUUCAUAAUAUUUUACAAAAUACCACCUGUACUAUCAGAACAAUGAUUAUCGCAUUUCAGGCCUUGUUAUUUUUCCGGGAAACUUUCGUCACCGUGAUCGAGAGAUUCCUCGGGCCGUACUACCGAAAGUUGAGUUUAAGUUUGAAGUUUAGAAGUGAUGAAGAAGAUGAUAAUGAGUCUGAUGAUCACGUAUUUGCGGAGUACGAUGAUGAAAAGGGGGUGGUGUUUUAUCCGCCGGUGUACGUGCAGCGAUACGCCGCCGUCAGCGACUGUCUUAUGGACGAACGAUGGUGUGGCAAGUUGGAGAAGGUAGUAGACCUUGGAUACCAUGACAUGAGUUUCAUCAGGUAUCUUAAAGAUGUGCCAGGAAUAAAACAAAUUUUAGGAGUGGACAUUGAAUCAAUUCCUCUGCGAUGCUCGUCAGACCUUCUGGGAUGUGACAACUAUAUAGCAAAAAGGGAAAACCCAUUGCAAGUUACUCUCUUUCAGGGCAAUGCAGCAGAUCCCGACUACAGGCUAAUAGGAUGUGACGCUGUAGUGGCCAUAGAAAUGAUAGAACACAUGCUACCACAUGACCUGGAGAGACUCAUCCAUACAGUCUUUGGUUUCAUAAAACCGUGGGUUGCCAUUUUCACCACACCUAAUGGGGACGUUAAUGUUCUGUUUAAAGCUUUGCAGAAAAAUGGUUUGAGAAGAUUGGACCAUAUGUUUGAAUGGAGCCGUGAACAGUUUCAUGAUUGGUGUAGCAAUAUAGUUGCUCGAUACCCAGAAUACACAGUCAGCUGCAAGGGCAUAGGCCCUGGUCCACCCGACACAUUACACUUGGGUUGUUGCAGCCAGCUCGCACUGUUUGUUGCUAAAGAUUACACUAAACAGCCUGACUUGGAUCUUAACACUUUAGCUUUAGUGGCAAAAACAUCAAGUCCAAACAAUUUAAGUCAUAUAAUAGACAAUUGGGAGAGUCCAGAUUCAACAAUAGAAAACAAUAUGAUAUGUGCACCACCCAGCAUCGAGUCCUAUCCCGAGCUGAUGUACGACGAGCCUUCGUGCAUAACACUAGCCUUAUCUCCCCCGUUUUCCUUGGACUCCAUGGAAUGCAAGGACCAGAUAUUGCAAUGCAACUUAGAUUCGGAGAUCGGAAAAAACUUCCUCAUGUUUGAUGAUGAAGUGUACUUCAACGUUUUGAUGCCUCGGCGAAAAAAGUACUGUAGAGUUUAUGAGAUUGAAGAUGUUGCUAACAGAUUAAAUUGUUCGACAUUUCUCGUGAAGAAAUUCUCAAAAGCGACGCAAAAUUUAAUGGCGAAGAACAAAAUGGACUCGUACGUGCACACGCAUGAAAUUGUAAACUUAAUCCGACAUUUGACAAACAUGCUCAACUUUAACAAGGAGCAUGUAGGCAGAGAUUUUGAAGGCACCUGGUGUAAUAUAAACUGGGGCACGAAUGCUCCAUACUGGAACCAGUACUACAGGAUUGUGAGAGAAUAUAGGUAUCCGUUUGAGGUUAAGACUGAUGAAACUCGCAUUGUAGACUUAAUUACAGAAGAAAUUAACAGACUGGUAGACAUGGAGUACGAUGAAGAACUCACAUUAGAUAUGCACAAAUUGGAAAUACCUGUUAGCCAGUUGAUGCGAGCGGUCGAGCACAUUACUACUGACGUCGACAAAGUAAAAGAGCUUCUGGUAUGGAACGGCUACGAGGUGGAAGAUAACCUCGUGAUCCAUUCUCGUCUAAAAAUGGACGAUAUCUCUGAAGUCUCACAGGGUGACGAUUGGCAAGAGGACUCUAUAUCUGAUUGGGAUACGACGGAAGUACGUUCCACUUCAUUUUCAGAUGGUAGUACGAUUGUACCGGAUUACUAUGGUCUUCGUCUUCGUCGUGCUAUCGAUCAAAAAGUGCGCAAACUUCGAACAUUACUUACCGCUGAUAAAGAUAUCACCACCGAGUUAGACCGUGUAGUAUGCAGAUUAAUGAAGCUCGCACUUUGCAUGAGUAAAGGAAGACAGAACCCACCACCCAUAAGUUGGAUGCAGUGCAAGCUCUUUGAUCUACUCACUCUCACUGAAAAGUCUGUUGAGCGACGGAGACUGCAGGAAUACUCAUUAAAAGCUAUCGAAUACCAAUAUAAAGAUAUCAUUAGUCAUGGCGAAAGAAAGAUGGAUCAUACAUGCGAUCUGAUUGUGUCGAAGUAUCAAAACUUAGAUCUUCCACCAGAUUACAAUAUCUAUACCAACGAUGAUUCACAAAUGUACGAUAAUUCUGAAUUUGAAGAUUAUAAUAUCAGUAUUACCAGCAAUGAAUUCAAAGAUGAAUUUUUAGAGCAUGAAAAUAGUAAUAUCCGAGAAGAACCUAUCAAUGUAGCGGUAGUAAUGGAUUUGAAGGAAGUACAUAAUAUUCAUGACACAGAAUUACUCAUGGAAGAGACUGGCCAAUUAGACAAAUGUAGAUUGGAACUAGUCCCACAUCCCAGUUGUAGAAGUGUAUCUGGUUUGAUAAACUGUGGAGAAAGUACUUGUAGCACAUCUAAUAGUGCUGGAAAAAAACAAGAGAAACUCAUAGACAAUUAUAAAAUUUCUAUAGAGAAGAAUAAUAUAAAUGGCUCUGAAGCAAUUAAAACGCAAAACAAACCAUUUCCUAAAAAACGAAGCAACGGUAACUUUGCGAGCAAAUAUAAUAGGCAUAAAGCGAGUAAAACAAAUAUUAAUAAAAAAGUUUCAAUUAGAAGAUCAAGUUAUAUUAAUGUUCUAAAAUAUGAUCUUUUUGAAUAUAAAAGGCACACGUUGAAAGAAAGAAAACAGCCGAAGGAAUAUCGGAUGUUUCAAUCUACAAUCUCAAGACCGAUACCUUCCAGUUUAAUCGAACUUUGUGAUUCGGUGUCGAAUAAAAACUUGGAAAAAUUUAAGUCUACUGUUUCUAAUAGCGAAAGGAAUGAACUGUGUCAAUUAAAUAGUGAUAAUGCAGUCACUGAAGAGUUUAUUGGAAUAGUUACAGAAGAUGACGAAGAAACCAUCGAUGCUCAAUAUAAUAUCGGAAUAUCUCGUGAGUCGGAUUUAGAUAGUUUAAAAAAUGAAGACGUACUAGACACUAUUAUUAACUUAUCUAAGGAUGAUAGCUAUUGCAUACUGGAAAUCGAGCCAGAAGAAGUCCAAUCGCAAACGAUAUUUUUAUAUGAUUUAGAUGAACCCAGUACGUCCAAGGGAGUCCAUCACUUAAGUACAGACGUUCAGUGCGGACCAGAUGUGACCACUGCUCGUCCCAUGAUGUCGCAAUCAACAUCCUUUACAAGGAUGCCAAAGUUAUUUACAAUUGGAAUAAAAAUUGAAGAACCGAUCACUGAUAUGAAAACAUACGAUCUCGCUACAUGCACAGAAAUGUGCCAUAACAACGAUUUAAUUGUAGACCGUACAUCUGUAAGAAUUAAACCUAAAGAAUCCAUCCCAACUGUCACAUCAAGUUUUACAAUGACACAAGCAAUUGAGGAUAAAACCACAACUGCUCAUAAUUUUGAUUUAAGAACUGAAACAAAACUACUUAAACCUGAAUUAAGUGCUCUUAAAACUGAGGAUUCCGGCUCAGAGUUUUGUGGGAAUGAAGCAAACGAUGCCAAAUCAUCGACACGAUUAGCUAUGCCAUCUAAGAAUACUAGCGAUUUCCAAACUCAAUGUGUGAGUAAUGAAAAAAAUGUUGUAGUAAAAAUAUCACAAGCAAGUUAUGAUAGAGCGAGUUUGGUAUGUGGGAACGUUCAUGUGCACAGUUUCAAUGCAAGGCAAGUGUCUGAAGAUGUAGUGUAUCUAGGCGAGUGGCAACUAAAACAACAAUUACAGAAAAGAAAUCGUAUUUCCACUGUAAGAAAAAUUCCACCGCUGCCAAAGAGACAAAAGUUAUGUUUGAAACAACAUUCAAGAGUUGAUGAAAUCAAAAGAUUUUCAAAUAAAAUUGCAUCGGAAACAAACUCGAAAUUAACUGUCAAGAAUCAAGAACGUUUAAAUAAAACAGCCCAAAAUAAGAAAAAGUACUUGACCGAUCCUGGUAAGGGAAGUAAAAUUAAUACUGUUAAGAAGGUGCCCUCGAAGAUAGCUCAAAGUUCGCAUGUAUCUAAGAAUAUGAAAACUAUUUACACAACAAAAAAACGCACUAGUAUUAAUACUAACGAAACUAUUGUAAAAAAAGGAGAAGAGAAUCAAAAAAAUAAGAAAGUUAAAAAUUAUUUACCUUUAUAUUUGCGAAGAAAAAUACGGUCUUCUGCUAUAGAAAACAAUACCGUUGACAAUAAAAGCCAAAAUGAAAUCGACCUGAAGUCUGAAAAUAUUAUUAUCAAUGAAAAUCUAUUUUCGCCUAGGAACCCCGAAGAAAUCACAAAAGACUUAAUUAAGAUUCCAGAAAAUACUUUACUUACUAAUAUUAACUACGAGUACAUGAUAUUUCGCAAUAAAAUUCAAACAGAAAACGACUCUAAUAUAAAAUUACCAAUUGCUACAGGAAUGAUAAAAAGUGAUAAUCUAGACUAUAGUCAUUCAUCACAACAUAGUUCCACUUGUUCUUCGCCCAAUAGUAUAGCAACUGUUCGCACUGCGUCUGUAAGAAAUAGAGUCACAUGUAACCAGAUAAAUUCUACAUCGUCAGAAAGAAGUAGCUCUGGAAUUUUAGAAUCUGAAAUUAAGAAUGCAAAAAAUAAGAAAUUUUCUCGGCGAGCCAAGAUUAAUAAAAAAUCUUCAAUUUUAUCGUCUACGCUGUGCGAUAAUAAAGAAAAUCUACCAGAAUCAUCUAAGAACACAAAAACAUCUUCUAAAAGCAUGUUUUUAGGAAGAACAAAAAGUGUUUUUGUGGCACAGAUGACUACCGAGACUUCAGCUUUGCCAUUGCCAUCCACAAAUAUUUCGAAAACUAAAAUGCAAAUUUUAACCAAAUCACUCAAAUCGGAGAACACUGAUACUUGCAGUACAGAUGAUCAGUCAUAUGAAGCACCUAGUUCAUCAAUAUUUGAAGCUUCGUUGGAUGAGGAUUCUAAAAAUAAUGAUACCAAUUAUCACUCAUUUACUAGCGUCUCUGAUAACAAUGAAUUUAUAGAAUCAUCCUCAAAUAACAUCUUUGAAAAUGAUGCUUAUCCUAACCCUAAUGAAGCUGACGACGAGUAUUUGAAUAGUCGCCAAUCUAUCCAUAACACAAAAAGUAGCAUUAUAUCUGCCAUAAGAAAAUUAAUUGAGAGUAAAUUAAAUCUUCCAGAAAAUUCCUAUGACUGCGAUUCCGACUCCGAAACUGUUAUUUUGAGUAGAGAUGAUGAUUACGUUAGCAAAUGUAAUAAUAGUUUUUCGCCUACAAGUAUUGGUACAGUAAAUACGAUUGAUUUAACUUGCGGGUCAGAAAGCGACGUAGAUUACUGGCAUAAUAAUUGUCCUAGUACGGUGAACGAAAAUGAUAUGGUACUUAAUACUGUAGAUUUAAAACGCCCAGAUACUGAAUCCGACGGUCUAUCAAUUAAAUCUUUUGCAUCUAUGUCUACGUCAAAAUUUUCUGAAUACUAUUUAGCUGAUAAUGAAUUGGAAAGCGCAGUACCUCAAGUUGACACCCUAAAUAUCAGCUCAAUUCAAGAUAUAUUUGAACGUAAAGAACUGAACACUGUACCUAAUGUGAGUGGAGUAUUAGCCGCACAAGCAUUUAGUGGGUUUUCUGUUAAUGAACCGUUAACAGGUGACCAGCCGGAUUUUGUGAAUUUUAUAGAUUCAGAAACAGGCAGCAUUGCAUUUCGGUCUGCUAGACAAGCUGCAUCUGAAGAAGUAUUUGUAUCUGGACGGUCUUCUGACACUUACGAAUCAUGUUAUGUAGAUGAGGACGCCUAUCUCCCUAACUGGUUGUUCAAUAUGAUUAGUCAACAGCAAUCGGCCGAAGAAUCUGAAGCUGAGGAGAUCAAUUUACCGUUGCAAAUGCCCAUGGAAGAACCGGGGUUUGACUUGAAUGGUAAUGUUACGGAGCCAGGAGUUGGUGUCGGUGCUGGUGCUGGUGAUGGCAGGGGCAUGCACAGUGAUCAUUCACAAGACAGCUCUGGACGUGGAACUUCGCUUAGCUCGAGUGAAACCUCUUCUGGACCACAGAGUGAGGCAAUUUUAAGCGAUCCGUCUAAUUUUACGGAACAAGUGGCCUAUUCACGCGAGCCAAUAAAUAUGUCUGUAACGAUUGGUGCGCCAAGUCGUCCGGAGGCAUCUACGAUCUCGAACGCUGCAGAAAAUAGUGGAGCGGACACGUCGAAUCAUCAAAGUAGGAGCACAAGAAGUUUGAUAAAUCCAGUGCAGGUUACAAGCGAUAUUGACGCUGAUGUCAGUUCACUUGAAACUGAUGCGAUCUAUUCCGAUAACUAACUAAUUUUAUCAAUAAUAUUUUUGAUUAAAUAAAGACCAUGUUGAAGGAAUUUAUGAUUUCGAAAAAUUGUUUUUCAAAAUCGUUACUUUGGAAGUAACAGUAUUGGUAAAUCUAUGCUGUUCCUAUUGUAAGCGAAUUGAUGUUCACAAUAAAUUAUUGUAUUUUUA